AUGCGCUACUCUCUGUCUACCAAGCUACUGCUCCUUCUGGGCUCUUCGCAGCUCGCGCUGAGCGCCUCCGAUGACCAGUUCGUUAUCGCGCCUGCCAGCAAAGAUGCUGCGACCCCGUUCCGAAUCCACGAUGCCGAUGAGUCAGUCCUCGCCGCGUUGAAGGCGCAUCCCGAUCCCGUCGAUGCCCUGCUGUCCCUCCAACCCGAGAAGGCGGACAAGCUCGCCGAGCGGAGAUUGCUUCACGUCUUUGGCGAGAAGGAGCCGCAAUGGAUGACGGAGGGAGACAAGCUUCGUCUACGUCGGAAGGGCAAGAAGUUCCGCGACAUCACGAACCACCAGGACCUCUAUGCCGAGGAUUCUGUCGGCGCGUGGUCCGGCAAGGCCAACCUUCCCAAGAUCACCCAUCAACGAUUGGUCAAGCCCCUGUUCCCCAAGGUUAACCAGACCGAGAUGCACGACGUCCUCGCCCACAUGACGAGCUACUACAACAGAUACUUCGACGGUCCGACCGGCGAGGAAAGCUCCCAGUGGCUGCACGAUCAUAUCGCCGAGAUUAUCGCGCAAUCUCCGUACCAUACCCAUAUCUCUCUUGAGUACUUCACCCACAACUUCGUGCAGUCCUCCAUCAUCGCGCGUUUCGAGCCCAAGGUCCGCGACUUCUCCAAACCCCUGACCAUCAUCGGCGCCCACCAAGACUCCGCAAACUACCUCUUCCCUCUUCUCCCGGCCCCCGGGGCCGAUGAUGAUUGCUCCGGCACCGUCAGCAUCCUCGAGGCCUUCCGUGUGCUUGCCCUGAGCGGCUACAUUCCCCAGGAGGGGCCCGUAGAGUUCCACUGGUAUGCCGCUGAGGAAGGCGGUCUGCUCGGUAGCCAGGAUAUCGCCGCUUACAAGAAGAAGGAGGGCGCGAACAUUGGUGCUAUGAUGGAAUUUGACAUGACCGCCUUCAUCGCAAGGAACGCUACCGAGUCGAUUGGAUUCAUCAAGACUGAUGCGGACGCGCCUUUGACGAAGUGGGCUGUGGAAUUGAGCACCGAGUACAUCAACAUUACCACCAGUGUGUAUGAGUUGAUGCCCGGUGCUGGAUCAGACUACAUGUCCUACACCAAGCUGGGCUUCCCUGCCACGUUUGCCUCUGAGGGCAACCCCGUUGCUGGUGGGUUCCCUGGCGAGUUCGACCCCUAUGUCCACACCAGCAAGGACCGGAUGGACAUUGAUGACGAGUUUGGCGUAUUUUCUAUUGACCACAUGGCGAGGUUCUCCGAGCUGGCUAUUGCUUUUGCUAUUGAGCAGGCUGGUUGGGAUAACAAGUGGAGGUAA